UGACACUUGUUAUCUUGUGGAUGUUUUGAUCAGUGUAACCGAGAAUGGCAAUGUUUAGUUCCCCGCUAUGAACCUGGAUAGUUCUUUGAAUGCGGUUUUAACAGAGGACUCAAUGACUGUUGUCUCACCCGGUGAUGUCACUCCAAUUUCCCUUACAGGUUACGAUCUAGAUCCGAUUUCAAGUUUGCAGCCUGCCGAUUCUGGGAGCAAUCCUGAUAUUGUCACUGCCGGCGGGCUUAGUAGCGAAGAUGCGGAGGAAGGCAGUUCUGCACCUGCUGCCUUCAUAAAUGGUGUACCUGUCACCGUGUCUGUUCAAAAUGUUGAUGGACAACAGAGGAUAGUCUGUGUCGCGACAGAUGGUAGUGGUGGCUCUGUGUCAUAUGUGGGACAACUCACUACGGAGGCCAGUCUCGACUUUCAGACAGAAGUACCCCCGCAGCCCUUACUGGCCGAUGAUGAGGUGCCUCCACUGCCCCCAGGGGCCGAGCUGCUCUCCGUCCACCCCCAGCCCACACCCCUGCAGCACCUGGAGCCCCUGGAGCCCCUGGAGCCCCUGCACCCCUGUCUCCUACUGGAGGCUGAGCCAGAACCCAGGGACCAGGACACAGAGGAGCCCAAGAAACGGAAAGGCGGCUGGCCGAAGGGGAAGAAGAGGAAGCCGCAGAGGGAGUUCUCUGCGCCGCGCGCACCAACCACAGGGUACGUGAUCUUUGUGAACGAGAGGAAGGUCCAGCUGAAGUCGGAGAACCCAGUCCUCCCCUUCACCGAGAUCACCAAGAUGCUGGGCGUCCAGUGGUCUCAGCUCUCCAUGGAGGAGAAGCAGAAGUACAACAACGAGGCUGAGACGGACAAGCAGCGUUACAUCAGGGAGCUGAUCGCCUACCAGAACACCGAGGCCUACAGAGACUUCCUGAGGAGGAAGGCCCUCAACAAAGUCAAGGAUCUCUGCAGCACCGAGGGUAUGCUGUGCGAUGAAGCUGAGCUUGAAAAUGAAGUCUUCACACUGUCGCAGAUGGACGGAGAUGAGAACAGCGAUCUGUACUGCCGCACCUGUAACCAGUACUUCAGCUCUCUACACAACAAGAAGGAGCACCUGCUCGGCAAGCAACACCUGCUGACGCUCACAGAGGAGUUCGAGAAGGAGAGCGGCAGCCAGCGGAAAGCGCCGGAGCCUGAGGAAGACCCGGAUGAAGACGAGGAAGAGGAGGAUGAUGAGGACAGGGAGCUAGCCCGGCUCUGCAGCCUCACCUCUCUGGACCUCAGCAGCCUGGAGGAGCUGCUCCUUCGACAGGUCAACCUGCGAGAGUUUGAGCUCCAGGAGCUGAGACACAACUUGGACCGAGAGAGGACAAGGCAGGAGCGUCUGAACUCUGAGCUGCAGCAGCUGCAGAAGAGGAAGAUGAGUCUGGAGGCGGAGCUGCAGGACCUGAGGGAGAGUGGGCCAACGCUGGAGUCUCAGCUGCACUGUCUCAAGAUGGUUCCUCUGCUCUUCCAGUUCCACAUCCAGAUCAUAGACACCGGUGAAGUGAAGAUGGUGGAAGAGCGGACAGGGUGAACGCUGUAAAAACACGGGCGUGGGAUUUCCCACGUCGCACACUGCACUGACGCGCUGAACGGGAGACGGGACGGGACGCACUUUACACAGCAGGCCCAGGGAAAGGCUUGACGGCAGCUUUCUACUUUCACUCCUUCCUUCAGUUUGUUCCUCCAUUUUGUUUGCUGGCUCUCAUUACAGCGGAUCGGUUCUUCUCCACGGAUCAGUUCUCUGGUUUUUUUACAGUUGAGACUUGAUACUGUUGUUCAUUCAGGUUUACUUUUAAUGUGAAGAUGAGUCUUAUUAUGCUGUAAAUACCUGCCUUAAAUGGUAACGUACUGUACUACUCUGCAUGGGAAAAAAGCUAAAGAAACAAACACUUUAAAAAAAAAAAGACGAUCCAGUCGGCUGUAAUGUCGCAGCGAUGUUGUUUUUGCACUUAACUUGACACUAGAGGUCAACUGCAUGCUUAUGCACUAAAACCCACAUCACUAAAUCAUCAAUGUGAUGACGGAUAUUUUCAUUGAGUUUUAUUGGUAGAUUUUUGUGCUGUAAAAUAUAAUGUUCAAUUUUAAAUGUAGAGAAACUUUAAAGUAAUAUUGAGAGAUAAAUUGCACCUCAGAUGUGGUUAGAGAAAAUCCAAAUUAAUACAAAAUGUUAGUCAUUUUUACCUUUGGAAAUUCAGUACAUUGUAUUAUUUUUUAUUACUCAAAAUGGCCACCCCUUUGAAACCACAUUGUUAUUUUGUGGGCAAAAUUUGUAUGCGUGAGAUGAUCAGUGGAGUUCUUUGGUUUGUAUUUGCAAGCUAAUGAAAACGUCCAGCACACCUUUGCAGAUGCGUUUGCCAGGUGCAUCAACCACCUCUGCAAACCAUUGGGGGAGGGCGGGGGUCUGCACAUUUAAAUAGAGAGCAAAAUCCAUAAUUUUGUUAAGUUUGCAGCAGGUUAGAUAGGGAUAGAGAUAGACAUUUUUCCCUGGCUGAGACAUAAACGACUGCUGAUUCAGAGUAACCUUUGUGGUCAGCGUGACCUCAGCUGUUUGGUGCUUUGGCCUCUGUGUAGCCUCUCUAACUAAAAGGAUUCUGGGCCUAAUUUGCUAAUCCUGGGGCUAAUGUGCUAAUUGUGUUGGAACAAUACACAUUUCCUAGAAUGUCAUCUCCUCUGUGUCCAACUGACAGAUGUUUUUACCUCAUUUGUUCAGAUGUAACAUUAACAAAUAAAUGCAAGCUUCCGGAUUA